CGGCGCCCCAGCGGCCCCCGGAACACCUCAAAGCGAACGAAGGAGUCCAUGUUGGGGAACUUCGCGGCGGCGUGACGGGGACCUAGGGACUUGCAGUGGGGCCGCCGCCGCCGGAGCCAGCGCCUCGAUCUCAGUCGGAGAAAAGUUUGAUGGAAAACCGAUUACCUGACUGCUCGACCUGAAGCAUCUUAAGGGAAACCCUUUUUCAAGGAAAAAUGAAGAAGAAAACUCAAUAUACCCUAAAUGUGGGAGAUCAGGACUAUGAAGAUAUGGAAGGUGAAGAAAACAAAGAUAAUACUGCUACCAUUGGUCUGUUGUACAGUGAAGCUGAUAGAUGUCCAAUAUGUCUCAGUUGCCUGUUAGAGAAGGAAAUUGGUUUUCCAGAAAGCUGUAAUCAUGUCUUCUGCUUGACCUGUAUUCUUAAAUGGGCAGAGACACUGGCUUCAUGUCCUAUUGACCGGAAACCUUUUCAGGCGGUGUUUAAAUUCAGUGCAUUGGAAGGUUGUGUUAAGGUUCACAUAAAAAGACAGUUGAGAGAAACAAAUGACAAGAAAAUUGAAAGCUCUUUUAAGAAACAGCUGUCCUGUCAGGAAAAUUCUAAAAGCUGUAUGAGAAAAAAAGUCAAAAGAGAAGAUCUAUUAAGUGCAAAACUUUAUGACUUGAAGAUGAUAUACAGAAACUCUAAACACAGUGAAAUGGGAGGAAAAGAAAAUGCAAUAAUAAAGACAAAUAAGCCUCAAAGAUCAAAUCCGUGUACAAAUCAGUGCUUCAGAAAUUUUUUCUCCAAUAUCUUCUCUUCUAGUAGUCACACUGGGGAAUCUGCUUUUACCAGUACAGCUUACUGUACAGAAUUUAUAGAAGUCAAUGAAAUCAGUGCGUUGAUUAGGCAGAAGAGACAGGAACUGGAAUUGUCAUGGUUUCCUGAUACAUUACCUGGAAUUGGAAGAAUUAGUUUUAUACCCUGGAAUAUUGAAACAGAAGUGCUUCCUCUCAUCUCCUCCUCUGUGUUGCCAAGAACUAUUUUUCCAACAAGUACCAUAUCUUUAGAAAAUUUUGGUACUUCUUGCAAAGGAUAUGCAUUAGCACAUACUCAAGAAGGAGAAGAGAAGAAGCAAACUUCUGGUACCUCAAACACCAGAGGAUCAAGACGAAAACCAGCAGCAACAACUCCUACAAGGAGAUCUACACGUAACACGAGAGCUGAACCAGUCAGUCAGUCUCAGAGGUCCCCAGUAUCAAAUAAUUCUGGGUGUGAUGCCCCAGAUAGUAAUAAUCCAUCUGUAAGUGUUUCCUCUUCAGGUGAGUCAGAAAAGCAAACAAGGCAGGCUCCAAAACGGAAGUCUGUAAGAAGAGGAAGAAAACUACCUUUACUGAAGAAGAAACUUCGGAGCUCUGUACCUCCCCCUGAAAAAUCAUCUUCCAGUGAUUCAGUAGAUGAAGAAAUAGUAGAAUCUGACAUACCACCUGUGUUAGAGAAAGAACAUCAAUCAGAUGUAGAAAGUAGUAACACUGUGCAGAUAAAUGUAGAAAAUGAGUCUGCUAAUGGCUUGAGAAGUUGCGGUGAGCCAGUAGAAGAAAGUGAGGAACAUGGUGAGACCCAUGAUACAGAGGAAAGAGUAGAAUCUGUAUAUUCUGAAUCUGGUACCCAAGAUCCUCCUGUGCUAGUUGGAGAGGAGGAGGAAAUUCAAAAAGUUGAGAAUACAGGUAUAGAGGCUAAUAUGUUAUGUCUGGAAAGUGAGAUUUCUAAGAAUACUUCUGAAAAAGGAGGUGACCCAUUGGAAAAUCAAGACCAAAUAGCUUUACCUUCAGAAUCAGAAGUAAAAGCUGAUGGAUGUACAGAUCAUCUUCCAAAUGAUUUUCUUACAUGUUCAGGAUCUGAAAUCGAAGUACACCAACCUAUAUCAAGCCUAGGUGAGAUCCCUGAGAAUGCAGAGUCAGCGGUUAAUGAAGACAACUUUAUGGGGAGUCCUAUAGUAAAAAUUAUUGAUCAUAAAGAUUCUACAGUAAAAACAGAACAUCUUAUUGACAGCCCCAAAUUAGAAUCUUCUGAGGGUGGAAUUAUACAAACAGUGGACAAAAAAUCUAUUGAGAGCUCAGAGGUUCAUUUGCUUGGGCAUGUUGAAAAUGAAGAUAUAGAAAUAAUUGCAACAUGUGAUACUUCAGGGAAUGAAAAUUUCAAUAGUAUUCAAGAUUCUGAAAACAAUUUAUUAAAAAAAAAUCUUAACACCAAAUUGGACAAAUCUUUCGAAGAAAAGACUGAAUCUCUGGUUGAACAUCCCAGAUCUACAGAAUUGCCUAAAACACAUGUUGCACUGAUUCAGAAGCAUUUUAGUGAGGACAAUAAUGAAAUGAUACCUAUGGAAUGUGAUUCAUUUUGCAGUGACCAGAAUGAAUCUGAACUCGAACCGUCUGUAAGUGCUGAUGCUAAACAAUUGAAUGAAAAUUCUGUGGAGCACAGUUCCCAAAAGAAUAUGUCAUCUUCUGGUCCUUCAAAUGAAAAGGUUGAAACUGUGUCUCAGCCAUCUGAAAUCCCAAUAGAUACGAUAGAUAAAGCCAAAAAGCCUCGUACUCGAAGAUCUAGAUUUCAUUCUCCAUCUACAACUUGGUCUCCCAACAAAGACACUGCACGAGAAAAGAAGCGGUCUCAGUCUCCAUCUCCCAAAAGAGAAACUGGAAAAGAAAGCAGGAAGUCUCGAUCACCAUCUCCCAAGAAAGAAUCUGCAAGAGGACGGAGAAAAUCUCGUUCUCAGUCCCCAAAAAAGGACCCACGAGAAAGGAGGAAAUCUCAGUCUCGAUCUCCAAAAAGAGAUAGCACUAGGGAAGGCAAAAGAUCUGAAUCACUCUCCCCAAAAAGAGACACUUCUAGAGAGAACAGAAGAUCUCAGUCAAGACUGAAAGAUUCCUCCCCAAGAGAAAAAUCCAGGUCCCGGAGCAGAGAAAGAGAAAGUGAUAGAGAUGGGCCAAAGAGAGAUCGAGAUAGAGAAAGGAGAACCAGAAGGUGGUCUCGGUCCAGAUCUCGUUCUAGGUCACCAUCAAGAUCUAGAACAAAAAGUAAGAGUUCAUCAUUUGGUAGAAAUGACAGAGUCAGUUAUUCUCCUCGAUGGAAGGAAAGAUGGGCAAACGAUGGUUGGAGAUGUCCACGAGGAAAUGAUCGAUACAGAAAGAAUGACUCAGAGAAACAGAAUGAAAAUACAAGAAAAGAAAAAAAUGACAUCAGUCCAGAUGCUGAUGAUUCAGAUUCUGCUGACAAACAUAGAAAUGACUGUCCCAGUUGGGUAACAGAAAAAAUAAAUUCUGGGCCUGAUCCGAGGACCAGAAAUCCAGAAAAGUUAAAAGAUUCUCAUUGGGAAGAAAAUAGAAAUGAAAAUGCAGGGAAUUCUUGGAAUAAAAACUUUGGUUCAGGUUGGAUGUCGAACCGUGGUAGAGGUAACCGUGGCAGAGGCGCUUACAGAGGUGGUUUUGCCUACACAGAUCAAAAUGAAAACAGGUGGCAAAACCGAAAACCCCUCUCAGGGAAUUCAAAUAGUUCAGGGAAUGAGACUUUCAAGUUUGUGGAACAGCAGCCCUAUAAACGGAAAAGUGAGCAAGAGUUCUCAUUUGAUACACCGGCAGAUAGGUCGGGGUGGACAUCUGCAUCUAGCUGGGCUGUGAGAAAGACUCUGCCAGCAGAUGUACAAAACUACUAUUCACGACGAGGGAGGAAUUCUGCAGGUCCACAGUCUGCAUGGAUGAGGCAAGAGGAGGAAACAACUGAACAGGAUUCUAACCUAAAAGACCAAACAAACCAACAAGGUGAUGGUUCUCAGCUACCUAUAAAUAUGAUGCAACCACAAAUGAAUGUAAUGCAGCAACAAAUGAAUGCACAACACCAGCCUAUGAAUAUCUUCCCAUAUCCAGUGGGUGUUCAUGCUCCUUUGAUGAACCUCCAGCGCAAUCCGUUUAACAUUCAUCCUCAGCUGCCCUUGCAUCUGCACACAGGAGUACCUCUCAUGCAGGUAGCUGCUCCCACCAGUGUAUCUCAGGGACCACCACCACCACCACCCCCUCCCCCUCCAUCCCAGCAAGUCAGCUACAUUGCUUCACAGCCAGAUGGAAAGCAAUUGCAGGGUAUUCCUAGUGCUUCUCAUGUAAGUAAUAACAUGAGUACACCAGUCUUGCCUGCUCCGACAGCAGCCCCAGGAAAUGUGGGAACAGUUCAGGGACCAAGUUCUGGUAAUACUUCGUCAUCAAGUCACAGCAGAGCUUCUAAUGCUGCUGUAAAAUUGGCAGAAAGCAAAGUAAGUGUUACAGUGGAAGCCAGCGCAGAUAGCUCGAAGACAGACAAGAAAUUGCAAAUUCAAGAAAAAGCAGCACAGGAGGUAAAAUUGGCCAUUAAGCCAUUUUAUCAAAAUAAAGAUAUCACCAAGGAAGAAUAUAAAGAGAUUGUGCGGAAAGCGGUAGAUAAAGUUUGUCAUAGUAAGAGUGGAGAAGUAAAUUCUACUAAAGUGGCAAAUCUGGUUAAAGCCUAUGUAGACAAAUACAAAUAUUCACGGAAGGGAAGCCAAAAGAAAACUCUGGAAGAACCUGUGUCUGCUGAUAAAAACAUAGGCUGAAGUGGGGAGCACUAUAAAGGACACUAUCAAGAUACCUGCAAAGUGCAAUUUCAACAUGUACCUUUAAUGGAAAAUCAUACGUAACUGUGAUUGAAAUUUGGUUUUGAUAAAAUUAUUUUUUUUAAUGUAGGAUAUAAUGUUUUGCUCUAAAUAAAUAUAGUUCUGCACCACAACUUCUAUAUCUUUUCCUCCCUUCCACCCCCCCCCAAAAAAAAAAACAAAUUCAAGGGAAAGUAAAGGGGUUAAAGGAAUGUGCAUUUUUACAAGGACUGUGUUAUAUUGUGGAUACUGGAAGAAGAUGUACAGCUCUUUGAUUUGAACAGUGGAGUGCAUAAAUGAACUUCUGAGUGCACUGGUUUUGGAAGAGAUAUAUAUAUAGUACAUUUAUUCUGUCAGGCUAAAAAUAAAGUAUGAUCUUUAUGAUUUUUCUCUCUAAUUAUACAAAGAUAAAUAAUGUAUUACCAUGAAAAAUAUUUCUAAUAACAUACCAAUUGCAGGGUUCCUACUGUGUAUUUUUAAAGCACACAUCUGAGUAAAUUGCUUAGAUAGAAAACAAAUUAUCACACGAGUAAAAUUCAGUGUUCAAAACUUUAGAACACUGUUCACCUGUUGUAUCACCAAAUAAAGGUUAUGCUGCUUGGUU